ACUGAUUUUAUUUCUGUUGUUAAACCAGUUUGCAUUGGACAUAUUCAGCAUACACACACAUACACAUUUCCUGAAACACAGCGUUUUAAAACGUUUCUUUACAAACGCUUCUAAAGGAAAACAUUAGUAACGUUAUAUGGAUUCGUGUGUGAUAUCCGUGUGUAUUUGUCUUAUCUCCGGUUCAGGGUGGACUGACAUCUAAUGUCCUCUGCUGACCUUCACACCUACACAUCAAGACCUGUAAUCUGCAUAUUCAAAUCAUGGACCAUCGAAAGGACAACAAAAAGGCAGAAGCCAGAGUGAAUGAGAAGAAAUGCUCGUGGGCGUCGUACAUGACCAACUCCCCCACUGUGAUAGUACUGAUCGGCCUUCCUGCAAGAGGAAAAACGUAUAUAUCUAAGAAACUGACCCGCUACCUCAACUGGAUCGGGGUUCCGACAAAAGUUUUUAACCUGGGUGUUUAUAGACGUGAAGCAGUACAGUCGUACAAGUCGUACGACUUCUUCCGUCAUGACAAUGAAGAGGCAAUGAAAAUCAGGAAGCAGUGUGCAAUUGUGGCUCUGCAGGAUGUGAAUUCAUAUCUGAAUCAAGAAGGAGGGCAGAUCGCUGUUUUUGAUGCUACAAACACAACCAGGGAGAGAAGAAACCUCAUUCUGAAUUUUGCACAGGAGAACGCAUAUAAGGUGUUUUUUGUUGAGUCACUGUGUGAUGACCCAGAAGUCAUUGCUGCCAACAUCCUGGAUGUGAAAGUGUCCAGCCCUGAUUAUCCUGAGAGAGGCCGAGAGAGCGUCAUGGAGGAUUUCCUCAAAAGAAUCGAGUGCUACAAAGUGACGUAUCAGCCGUUAGACCCCGAUGAACAUGACAAGGAUCUUUCCUUCAUUCAGGUGAUCAAUGUUGGUCAGCGUUUCUUGGUGAACCGUGUUCAGGAUUACAUCCAGAGUAAGAUCGUUUACUACCUCAUGAAUAUUCACGUACAGAAGCACUCGAUCUACCUCUGCCGCCACGGCGAGAGCCAACACAACGUCCAGGGCUGCAUCGGAGGAGAUUCUGAGCUAUCCACCAGAGGAAAAGAGUUCUCAAAAGUACUGCGUGGGUUCCUGGAAAACCAGAAGAUCCCAGACCUCAAGGUGUGGACCAGUCAGCUCCGACGUACCAUCCAGACAGCGGAGGCACUGGGCGUCCCGUACGAGCAGUGGAAAAUACUCAACGAGAUUGAUGCUGGUAUUUGUGAGGAAAUGACAUAUGAAAAGAUACAAGAAACAUAUCCGGUAGAAUAUUCACUCAGAGACCAGGACAAAUACCAUUACAGAUAUCCAGGAGGAGAGUCAUAUCAGGACCUGGUGCAGCGGUUGGAGCCAGUAAUCAUGGAGUUAGAGAGACAGGGUAACGUGUUGGUGGUCUGCCAUCAGGCCGUGAUGCGCUGCCUGCUCGCGUACUUCCUGGACAAGAGCGCUGAUGAUUUGCCUUAUCUGAAGUGCCCUCUUCAUGUGGUUUUAAAGCUGACCCCAGUGGCUUAUGGUUGUAAAGUUGAAAUGUUUGACCUGAAAGUAGAAGCUGUAAACACACAUCGGGACAGACCACUAGGAAACACCAGACAGGAAGUGCUACCCACUCUUCUUAGAAGAAACAGCUUUACGCCACUGUCUAGUCAGGAUCAAGUCAAGCGACCUCGCCUAUUUAGCGUUGGCAACCCGCCCCGUUUACCAGCUGUUCCUGCUUUAUCUUCCACACGAUUUCCUGACGCACAGGAAAGUGAGGAACUGAACGAGAAUCAGGAAAUACUUAACUGCUUCCAACCUGGAGACUCGACAGACGCCGUCCAAGAGUGACAACAUAAACAAACCACAAGUUGUGUGACUCCCGACAACGUAACUUGAAUAUUUUCCGCUUGUAAACAACCUCAAAAGACCUGUUUUCUCCAAACAGACUCUGACGGUAUGACGCCUGAUGCAAACAAUCAGAAGUCUAAAGGCAGUUGCCGAGUUUGAAGAAUCGUGUAGCACAUUAGAGUGAAUGCGGUUUAAUGCAGUGCAAGCACAAGCGAUCCGUCCUGUUCAACCAUCAUCCAUCCAUAAACAUUUGGAAUGGGAGUUGAUGAGUCUGAAAAUGACUUUUAUUGAUUUAUUGACUCAACAUUAAAUGCAUAGAAUAUUCAUUCAUAAUAUUAAGCUGAUUGAUGACUUUUGGGACCAGUCAGAACAUAGUUUAGAGCCAAACAGAUUGAGUGGGUGCAGCUUGUGGGACCAGUUGUACCACAGAAUGUUGAUUUCGGGAAACCGACGAAGCUAAAAUUGGUUUGAUAUGGUCAUUGGUCUUGCGGCAUUUUCUGAUGCCUUAGUAAUGUGAAUGCCCAUGUUGCCACUGGAUAUAGUCUAAAACAUUUUUAUUGCAAUUUUAGGUGUUAAUUGUCUGUGAUAUUACCAUUGAAAGAAUGUUCUGUGUUCAAUACAAGUUAAGCUAAAUCAACAGCAAUCAUGGCAUAAUGUUGAUUACCGCAAAACAAAUAUUUUAAGUCAUCCCUCAUUCUGUAAAUUUUAAAAUACUCACUUUUUUGUAAAUUAUCGUCACAAGACAUAAACAAUAUGUGGGUUAACAUGAUUUAACAUGAUAACCUUCUCUGUCCAUAGUUAAAUAAAAUGUUACAACUUUGCUGUCAUGAUGACACAACACUUAAACACCCCCCUAAACUCUAUGGGGGGACUAUAUUGCGAAAAAAAGUUUACGCUUAAAACAUUAAAGUUUACGUAUACAUAAUUUAAGCAUAUGAGGUAUCAUUUGAAAUCUGAACUUUUCAGAGAUAACCAUCAAUCCUGCAUUAAUGUUACUUAAAAUAUCAAAAUAAGGCCUCAAAUCAUUCGCGUUGAAAAUUAGCGCCCCUUAGAGGUAAUAGGGUAGAAAUAUUUAUAUAAAAAUAAAGGUCUUUCACAUAGCGUAAAUGAAAGCUCUCACUCUCAGAAAUGUGACUGAACAGCCCUAAUACCACAGUUCGAAAGAUUUUUUUCAAAAGAACCACAAAGUGAAAUAUGAUUUCUGUAAGUCAUCAGAUACAAACGUCUCUUUUAUGCUCCAAUAACUGCUGCUGUUAGCCCCAAAUAGCUCAACUUUAUAUCUGCUUUUACCUUAGAAACCUCUCUAAAAAAUAAGCCAUUGGUAACUUGUCUGCGAGCUUGCUUGGCUGAAUAAUCCAAUGUUAUAUCUUAGAUGUCCAGAACAAAAUAUGCCAUCCAGAGGGAAAAGCAUGCAAAACAAAUGAUCAGAAAAUAUGUUUUCGACAUUAAUGAUAUAAUGUUUUACAUCAUCGUAACCGAUGUGGAUCUCAACUUUCUAAUGACUCCUAGAUUCAGCUUCUAGUCUGCUCAGAGGCCGAGAUAUUCAGUGGAACAACAAGGGCGGUUUUCUGAAAAAGUAUACCAUUUUUUUUGCAAUUAGUCCACAGUAUGUGUGAAUGGUGAGCUUUUAAAUUUGAGUGUGAAAAAUUGCAGGCGGCAGCCCAAAAAUGCACCAGAGAUUAUGGAGUUAAACCCCUUCAUCCCUCCACUGACUAUAAAAACGUCAAUUUAAACAACUUUACAGCUCAAAUAAUACACGUUUUAACAGAAGACUUAAUGUAAGUGCUUUUAUUAAAUUAUUAAAUUCACAUUUCUGCCUUUAAACCCUCCAAAAAUUUGCCCCAUUCACUGUAAUCUCGAUCGUUUGACUUUAUUUAAAGAAAAAGAGGGACAAAUUGAAAUACAUAUUUGUUAUAAUAAACAUUAUGCCACAAAUGCUAGUCGACUGAGCUUAAUUUGUAUUGAACAGCGGACUGAUUCAGCUUUAUAACAGUUUUUGUUGUGAUGUUGUACAGCUCUGUAUAAAUAUUUAAUUCAAUAUUAUGAAUGUUUUUUAUAGUUUCAUGAUGUCAGAAGUCAUGUAGCAAGGGUUUGUUUAAUUUAUGUUCUGCAUAUUUUUCUCUUCAAACUUUCUAUAGUUUAGAAAAGGGAUGUCAGGCUAAUGCUUGAAAUAGUAUAUGAAACUCUUGAUUGAAUCUGUGAUGAAUGUCUCAUCAUUAGAUGAUAUUAUACUGCAUAUUAUUAGUCAUUAAUAGUUUCCUCAUUUUUCUAUUCUCCCACCGAAGACCAGGUUCUGGAUGUGUCAGAAGAAUAUUUAAAACUACUGAGAAUAUUUCCACUCAUAGUGUUGUAAUAUGUUUUUAUGGUUAUGUAAUAUAGAUUACCUUUAGUGGAAAGCUUUAAGCUAUUUAAACACUGAAUGCUUUUGUUUUGCCUCAGACUGGAAAAGGAGGUAUUCCAGAUUGUUUUUAUAUUUCGAAUAAGUUCAAGUGGUUUGACUUUUGCAUUUGUAACUGUAGUCUUAGAAAGGCAACGCACAAAUGUUUUUAAAUUUAAGUAACAUGCCAAAUGUCCUUCAACCAUUCUAAGGUCUUAAAAAGUGAGUGCAUUGUAAUUCGUAAUAGUAUUAAUACAAAUAAUAAUUAGGUGACAUCAUUGGUAAGUAUCUAAUCAGUAAGUGCCUUUGCAUCGCAACCAAAGUCUUUAACCAAUCAAAGCCUGAUGCUUAAAUGCUCCAAAGCUUUGUGAAUUAGUGUGCAGAAUUUUAAAUUCUUGGACUCAUAAAGACCCUUGUAUUUUAUCCAAAGCAUUUAUUUUAAAGUAAAUGUGAUUCUGAAGUUAAGAAAAGAGUUUUGCGUUCUGGUUCCAAUGUGUUUCAUAACCAGGAUAAAAGCAUCACAAUAUCAGUAUCAGCUGUAUAUAAUGUAAUGUCAUGCUGAAGACCAUUCAUUAAUAGACUUUGUGAUGUAAUAAAUCAACCUGCAAUGCAAGUCAUAUGAUUUUUUUUCCUGUCACAUAUAUAUAUAUAUAUCUUAGUACUAUACAUAUAAAUAUUUGUAUAUGCUAUAUUUGCAGGAACCAUGGGCACUGCAUUUAAUUUGCAAACCUUGAUUGACAUGUCCUAUAGUUCCAAUACCAGACUUUUUUUGGAACUAGGAUUUUAAAAAAAUGUUAGUCAUAUGAUAACGCAAAGGCAUCUUUAGGUACAGUUCUGAAAAUGAAAUAUUGGUGAGCUUUAUGUGACGUAAUUCCUUACGAACCCGCUACAAAUAAAGCAAAACAAAUAUUGUCCACCACUCAAAAUAAAUAAAUGGGAUCGUUCCAUUUUCAUCUACCUCGUUCAUGUUCAUUUUGAGCUGAACUGGUUAAUCUGGUGGGAGAUUGUCACAGUGUUUGCUGUAAUUCUGAUAGCAGGGUGAGGCUCCCUCAAUUAUUUAUACUCCCUUUUCCUCCAUCGUGACCGCAAAAAUAGACUGGUCUGUCAUGUGGAAAUGGGUGAUUUAUUGCCAUCGUCACAACAUCAGUCAGUGCUGCUCAUACAGAUCUGGAUGUAAAAUCGACUAGUAGAGUGUAGCGCUGGCAAAGGUUUAAAGUUCAAUUACCAGGGUACUCAUGCACCGAUGAAAAGGAUAGCUAUACAUAUAACACUUUAUAUAACUUACCUAUUCAUAGCUAUACUUUUAAAGAUCAUAAUG